GUGUAUUGAAGAAGGCGAGUUGGUUAGUCCGUCAGGAGUCACCAUGGGGAAGAAGACAGCGUUGACAAUAUUGCUACUAGGACUUCUACUCAUCUCACACACUGUUAUGGGGAGCCGUCCUGAGAAGCAGCCUACACAAGGCAACAUUAAAUUCCCCAAGGAUCUCCGUAGCACACCUGCCACCACCAUCCCUGUCCCCGACACCAUCAUCCCUGCCCCCGACACCACCAUCCCUGCCCCCGACACCACCAUCCCUGCCCCCGACACCACCAUCCCUGCCCCCGACACCACCAUCCCUGCCCCUGCCAGAACCCGGACUGACCAGUACCUGGGACCAGAAGAUUGUCUGGAUCAGAAGUACACCCGUCUGUCCUGCCAUCUGGUCUUCUGUCCCCCAUGGAUGAGAUGUAUGGAGGGAAGGUGUGUGUGUAAGCUGCCCUACCUGUGUCCGAAGGAUGGCAUGACGUCAGUGUGUGGGUACGAUGGAAGGACCUAUCUCUCCUACUGUCAAGCUAUGGCUGUCUCCUGUCGUACUAGACAACCUAUCAUGUCCCACUUUGGAGGAGAGGGCUGCUCCAAAGAGAGUGUCAAGGUCCAGACCAGUAUAGAUGAAAAGACUGGUGUGGUCAGUAUUGUCUAUGGAACAUAAUGAUCUUGUUGUAUUUAAAUGUCCCCCCUCCCUCCAGAGAGUGUCAAGGUCCAGACCAGUAUAGAUGAAAAGACUGGUGUGGUCAGUAUUGCAAUACCCAAUAGAGGGAAGCUACUGGUGUGUGGAGGAGCAGAAUGGAACAUGGCUGCUGCUAACGUACUCUGCUAUAAGAAGAGUCCGUUGGGAGCAGCGGAGAUCAGCUCAGUGCUGUAUAAAGACAUAGAGAACCACGGGAUAGACCACUGUGUCAGCGUACGUUGUCAAGGAUACGAGAACAGCCUCGCCGAAUGUUCCUUCUCCAACAGAACACCGCUCGGCAUCAACGACAAGGUCGCCAAGGCAACCUGUUACCAGGAACCCAAAGAGAGGUCAGCGUGUGAGUUCAAGUGCGUCAACAACAAGUGUGUGUUGUUGGAACAGACGUGUGACGGAGUGGACCACUGUGGAGACAAGAGUGAUGAGAUGUGCUGCAAAGCCUGUAGAGGUGAUUCUUUCAGGUGUCAGUCAGGAGUGUGUCUGUCCAAAGAGGCUUUGGAGGACGGAAUUAUGGACUGUCUGGGAGGGGAGGACGAGAUGAGGAAACACAUCACUAACCCUGUUGGUCGUAGUGGAGCAUCAUCACAUGGUUCCAUAGUUCCGGAAUUCAUGUCUCCUAAACAAGAGGUGAAAGCAGCCAGAGAUUUUCAAGAAGUGAAGAUACAUUGUGGCAUCCCCAACACUACAGCCGUAGAGGAGAGCAGAGAGAGAAGCAGGGGAAGGCAGAAACGAGUGGUGGGAGGAGUGCCGGCCCAACCAACUCAGAUCCAAUGGCAGGUGGCAAUACAGGAGGGGGGUCAAAUCGACUGUGGGGGGGCAUACAUCGGGGGAUGUUGGGUCCUGACCGCCGCUCACUGUGUCAGGCCCAAACCAGAGGCGUACCACAUCAAGUUCAGUCUCUGGAAGAAGAGAUCAAUUCAGGGAACAACAGACAUCGUUCCUGUCAAGAACGUCAUCAUACACCACAAGUUCAAUGCUAACACGUAUGAGAAUGAUAUAGCCCUGAUAGAGAUGCAGAAGCUUCCAUUCAGGACCCAGUGUUUCGAAGACAACCCAGCAGUCAGUGCUGUGUGUGUUCCCUGGUCCAUAAAACAGUUCAACCCUAACCAUACCUGUAGCAUAUCAGGCUGGGGACGGAUGAAAGGUGGCACGUCGACUGACGUGUUGCUAUGGGCCAACGUCUCUCUGAUCGCCAACUGUCAGGACUACUAUGGACCACGCUACAAGGAUGGCAUGAUGUGCGCAGGUGAUCUGGAGGGCCAGGUGGACUCGUGCCAGGGGGAUUCUGGAGGUCCUCUGGUGUGUCAGGACUCUCUAGGUAUCUCCUACCUCUGGGGUAUCGUCUCCUGGGGGGAGAAGUGUGGGCAGGCCAGUUACCCUGGAGUGUACACUAAAGUAGCACACUACUUUGAGUGGAUCCGCACUCACACUGGCUGGGCUGCUAUCACUAAAUACAACCUGUGAUGUUGAUAUAGACCAGUAGGGUAUUUCACAUGUUACUGUUACUGCUGCUUUUCUGUUGUCCCAUUCUAAAUCAGAACCCUGAUUAGAGGGGAAUCACCCACCUGGUGUCCCAGGUCUAAACCAGUCCCUGAUUAAAGGGGAACAAUGAAAACAAGCAGUUGAACUGGCUUCCAGGUCCAGUGUUGAGUCAUAUAGCCUAUUCAUACAUAAUAGAUAGUAAUAAACCAUUAUGUUAUAAGUUGCUUAUGCUGGGUGAUGUCAAUAAAGAACUUGAGAGCCCA